AGGGUCAUCCAUCUUUCUAGAAUAGGUUUCUCCAUUUCGUUGCCACUUGUGUGGCAUGCGGCAAUUUACUCAGUGUUUUCACAACCACUGUCUUUAUAUCUCCCCGCAGCCCGUGAAGCACUCGUUUUCAUUUCUACCCCUUUCACAGAGAGGAAAAAUUGAGGUUCUGGGAGGCCCAAGGUCACACCAGGCCGUGAAUGCGGAGCCGGAUCCUAGGCUCUUUCCCAGGUCUUGAACCCUCCAGGAUGCGGGACAACUCGGUCCCUCCGCCUUGAACCGCCCGGACUCAGACCGGUCGCUGAGUGUAGAGGGGGCGGCCGUGAGGCGCCAGACUUGCCAGCUGCCGCGGGAUGCCACGUGAGGGGCGGAGACCCUGCGGGGAAGUGAUUAAAAGCCGAACGGAGCCGGAGGGGGCCGCUGCGGGGAGGGUCUUCUUGGGGCCGCCUUGCCCCGCCCCAGUCCGGCCGCGGCGCGGGUUCCGGCGGCUGCUUGGAGGGCUGCGGUGUCCGGGGCAUGAGUGGGGUGCGGGGGACCGGGGAGCCUCGGUGCCAGGCGGCGCUCGAGGUCCUGGCCUCUCUGUGCCGGGCCCGGCCGCCCCCUUUCGGGCUGGACGUGGAGACUUGUCGGAGCUUCGAGCUAGAGCCCCCAGAGCGGAGUCCGAGCGCUGCCGACUCAGCUGUGCUGGAUGCCCUGGAGGAACAAGGAGGCCUCCAGCCCCUCCUCUGCUAACCCCUCCCCGGAGGCCCUCCAGAGCCCCAGCUCCAGAGGCAACAUGGCGGACAAGCUCAAGGACCCCCACACCCUGGGCUUCCUAGAGGCGGCUGUGAAGAUCAGCCACACGUCCCCAGAUAUCCCGGCCGAGGUGCAGAUGUCCGUCAAAGAGCACAUCAAGCGUCACACACGGCUGCAGCGACAGACCACAGAGCCAGCAUCGUCCACCAGGCACACGUCCUUCAAGCGCCACCUGCCGCGGCAGAUGCACGUGUCCAGCGUGGACUACGGCAACGAGCUGCCCCCAGCGGCGGAGCAGCCCACCAGCAUCGGCCGCAUCAAGCCCGAACUCUAUAAGCAGAAGUCGGUGGAUGGGGACGAUGCCAAAUCCGAGGCCAAGAGCUGCGGGAAGAUCAACUUCAGCCUGCGCUACGACUACGAGAAUGAGACCCUGAUUGUGCGCAUCCUGAAGGCCUUCGACCUCCCAGCCAAGGACUUCUGCGGCAGCUCCGACCCUUACGUCAAGAUCUACCUCCUGCCCGAUCGCAAGUGCAAGCUGCAGACCCGGGUGCACCGCAAAACCCUGAACCCCACCUUCGACGAGAACUUCCACUUCCCGGUGCCCUACGAGGAGCUGGCCGACCGCAAGCUGCAUCUCAGCGUCUUCGACUUUGACCGCUUCUCCCGCCACGACAUGAUCGGGGAGGUGAUCCUGGACAACCUCUUUGAGGCCUCCGACCUGUCCCGGGAAACCUCCAUCUGGAAGGACAUCCAGUACGCCACGAGUGAAAGUGUGGAUUUGGGCGAGAUCAUGUUCUCCCUCUGCUACCUGCCCACAGCAGGCAGGCUCACCCUCACCGUGAUCAAAUGCCGGAACCUCAAGGCAAUGGACAUCACAGGCUACUCAGAUCCAUAUGUCAAAGUGUCUCUGCUCUGUGACGGGCGGAGGCUGAAGAAAAAGAAAACCACCAUAAAGAAGAACACCCUCAACCCUGUCUACAACGAGGCCAUCAUCUUUGACAUUCCCCCGGAGAACAUGGACCAAGUCAGCCUGCUCAUCUCCGUUAUGGAUUAUGAUCGAGUGGGUCACAACGAGAUCAUUGGAGUCUGUCGUGUGGGGAUCAACGCCGAAGGCCUGGGAAGGGACCACUGGAACGAGAUGCUGGCAUACCCACGGAAGCCCAUCGCACACUGGCACUCCUUGGUGGAGGUAAAGAAAUCCUUCAAAGAGGGAAACCCUCGGUUGUGAUUUCAUUCACGUGGAUGCUGCAAGCAGAGAGACUGCCACCUGGAGUUAGGAUGGCAAGGCCGAGCCGCCAGCUUCGACAGCGAGAGUUCGUGCCCGUCUCCGAAACCACCUCCGACACCAUGAGCUGCACAGUGGUGGCCAGGCGACACAAACAAGACUCAGCAGCGUUCUUUUUGCACUUGUUCAGCAGUCUAAACACAGUGUUGUGCCUCAGUGGCAGCGGGGGCAGCACGCCUCUCACUUCAGAGUCUUAGCUGCCCCGUGUCAGUCAAGGCCGAGACACUUGUGUGGUCAGAGCUGUCUUAGUCUUUUCUGUCUCUCGAGGUGAUGUUUUCAUGGUUCUUUCACUUUUUAUGGAUCUGCUGUCAGGAAGAAAAGAAGAGAAAAACAAAGAGGGGAGAGCCCAGGUGUUGGUUCUGUUAAAUACAAUGUAAAAUAGUCGUCUUUGGUGGGAGGGUGGUCUGAAUUUCUGAAAUUUUGUGUCUCCACUGAGCUCCAUAACCCCAGAGGAGAAGGAUGAGCAAUGGCUGCUUUGUUCAGUGGCCCACAGGAAGCUGCAGAUCUGGCCAAGAGCCUUUACAAAAGUGACUUAUGACUCUUAGAAGCUCUUUGCUGAUGUGACAUAAACCAAGGUGCAGACUCCUGGUCCCAUGUUGAAAUCGCGAGCACUCAGAGCUGUCUGUGAGCCUUCGACUGGCUGGUCGUGCAGGGCUCCUGGCUCCCCGUCCUUGUGAACUUUCCUCCUGAAUUGAACAUGACUUGAUCCCUCAUGGGAGCUGAGUCGCUUUCAUUAGGAACGGUUCUGCGGAAACAAAACAUGCCAUAUGUUUUCUGGCGCACCACAGUUAAUGACCACAUUUGUUUGAAAACAGAAUCUUUGUUCUCAAAAAUAACCUUUGUUGUUAAAAAAAAAAAAAAGAGGAAGCACAUAUGUUGUGGAAUGAUUUCUGCGUUAUACAUAGCUUUCUAAUUCCAUGAAAUAUCAAGCAGCUGUUUAAAAUGCCUAAACAGGUCAAAGAAAAACCUACAUAAAAUGUUCUUUUCUGAAUGGGGAGUUUUGAAAUCCAAGUGAUAGGUGGAGUGUAUCUUUCUAUGAAGAGUACCUUCUUGAUUGAAACCAAGUCAGCUUAAGUCUAUUUCAGCCGCCUUGACUCUGGGACAAUGUUCAUCUUAAACUUUAGUUCUAGAAAUUAUUAAGUAUUUCAGUGUUUGUUUGUUUGUUUCAGUGGUAGUGAAGGAUUUUUUUUUUUUCUUUAAAUCUCUACUGUAGGUAAAAUUCAGUUUAGGAAAAAAGUAUGUUUGAACUAUUCUGUAUUGUAAUCGUACAUUUCUGUUGAGUUAAUUAGUGGCCUUCCCACCAACCCCCUAGAACUAGGUUGAUUUGCUCCAUCAGUCUGGUAAAUGCGCGGGUGGGUCUUCACUUCUGUGUAGAGCUCAGAAAUGCCAGUUUCUAGAGCCGUGUGUGUAACUUGCAAGAGGCAGGUCUGCUGAAGAAGUGCUUCUUUCAACCAUGGAAGGUCAAGAAUGUAAAAACUGUUCACACACCUUGUGUCUUACUCUUUAUAUGUGGCACAUGCUUUAGGAGCAGCAACUCAAUAAAGCUACCCUUGUU